AUGUGUGAUCAGGAGUAUGGGCUGGAGCUAAUUGUACCGACGGCGUAUUUGGUGGAUGUGGAUCAUGAGAGCGUGGGACGAGUGUUGAAACUUGAUUCCAUUAAGAGCGGUGAUGCUUGGAGAGGAAGGGACGUGCUGGUCUUCAACACGUGGCACUGGUGGACCCACACUGAGACCUCACAGCCGUGGGAAUAUAUGGAGGCAGAUAAGAAGCUGUACAAGGACAUGAACCGUUUCAUCGCCUUCUACAAAGGGCUAACCACUUGGGCCAGGUGGGUCAACCUCAAUGUGGAUCCUGCCAACACCAAGGUCUUCUUCUUGGGCAUUUCUCCUGUACAUUAUGAGGGGAGAGACUGGAAUAAACCAGAGAGGUCAUGCACGAAGGAGACAGAGCCGUAUUUCGGGGCCAAAUACCCAGCAGGGACACCAAUGGCGUGGGUGGUGGUGAACAAAGUGUUGAGCAGGAUCAAGAAGCCUGUCUAUUUUUUGGACGUUACGACGCUUUCUCAGUACAGGAAAGAUGCUCACCCUGAGGCUUACAGUAACAUUAUGGCUGCUGAUUGCAGUCUGUGCCUCCCUGGCCUCCCUGAUACCUGGAAUCUCCUUCUCCAUGCUGCUCUCUUUUCUUGAUUUUUCCUAACUGGUUUCCUCUUUCCUGAUUUUUCUUUUUUCCUUUUGCUUUGGGGGGUUUUUAAUUUGCUUACGUAAGUGGGAGCAAUAAACCCCAGCAAGGGAUUGGUGUUAUGCUCCAAAGUUGUAAAGUUUGAUUAUUUUUUGGCACAAACUUGCCUUCAUUAUUACCCAAAUCAUUAACAUUCUCUAUGGUCAUCAAUGACUACCUCAAA